CUCUAACCUGACGCUGGUGUACUUUUCGUUUCGCAGGGAGGAGUCAGACAUUAGUUUAUGUAGUAAAGUGACAUGUUUAUUGAAUUAACAGUAAUUUCACAACAUGUAUCCAUAAUGUAGUGCGUACAUGUCGUUGACGCAAAGCUAUUGACCAGGAAGCAGAUAAUUUCGAUAGAAGAUCGAAGGAAACUGACGGAACAGGAAGGCGGAACAAAUAAUAAUUUACCUGACACGUUCAAGCCAAUCGCCCGCCACCACCACAUGCAACCAUGUCCAUGGCCCUGAAACAAGUCUUCAACAAAGACAGGACAUUCCGGCCCAAGCGAAAGUUUGAGCCCGGGACGCAACGCUUUGAGCUGCACAAGAAGGCCCAGGCGUCUCUGAACGCAGGGCUGGACCUGAAGCAGGCCGUCGCGCUGCCCCACGGCGAGGACCUCAACGACUGGGUGGCCGUCCACGUGGUCGACUUCUUUAACCGCAUCAACCUCAUCUAUGGCACCAUCAGUGACUCCUGCACCGAUCAGACCUGCCCGGUCAUGUCCGGGGGGCCCAAGUAUGAAUACCGCUGGCAGGAUGAGCACAAGUACAAAAAGCCAACGGCGCUGCCAGCCCCCAAAUACAUGAGCCUGCUAAUGGACUGGAUCGAGGUACAAAUUAACAACGAGAACAUCUUCCCCACCAACAUUGGUACUCCCUUCCCUAAGCACUUCAUGCAGGUGGCUAAGAAGAUUUUGUCGCGUCUGUUCCGGGUGUUUGUCCAUGUCUACAUCCAUCACUUUGACCGUGUGAGCCAGAUGGGGGCUGAGGCUCAUGUCAACACCUGCUACAAGCAUUUCUAUUACUUUGUCACUGAGUUCAACCUGACGGACCACAAAGAGCUGGAGCCUCUGAAAGAGAUGACCUCGCGGAUGUGUCACUGAAGGAGCGCUGAACCUGUAGACACAUGCCGGACAAACACAUCCGUCCAUCUAGACGACUGAAGCAGAGAACUAAAAGAACAAAUUCCAGAAAGAGUCUAUUUUUAUAUUUAAGUACUGUAAUCUAUUUUAGCCACAUACUGUAGGUUUAAAGCAAGAACCUUAUCAUAUGAGGCGUUCUGUUCCUUUAAAAAAAAGAAAAAAAAAGCUUUCAAACAUUUUAUCAGAGCACAGUAUUAAGAGGUGUAUGUUUGUGUUGAUGUUUUUUCUAUUUUAUUUGAAU